AUGUCUUACGAGCAGCAGAGGCCGCUCGGGAAUGUGCACUAUGACCAGCUAAAUGGGAGCAACAGUGCGGCGGGGUACUAUGACACUCCGUACCAACCACCAAAAAAGCGGCGGUCCAAGUGGAUCCUCGUUGGAUGUCCUAUUCUUCUCAUUGUACUCAUUGCCGCGAUUGUUGGCGGUGUCGUCGGUUCGAGAAAGGCUCGCGACGCCAAUUCGUCGUCGAGCAGCAGCGGAGGUGGUAAUAACGGCCAAGGAUCCGCUGAUGGACCUCAUCAAAGCAUUUUACAUGCGUCUGGACGAUUCCCCAUUAGCACUGAUGGUUAUUUUUGCCUGUCUACCCGUCCACGCGCGCAGACGGACACUGCAGCUUAUGGUCCACCGACUUUUAUCAACGCCAAUAAUCCCUCGAUUAACUGGCCCCAAGAUUCAUUCACCCCAAGUGGCCAACCGAGUUUGACGAAUUUGCGCCCAGACAGGCCUCGGCUCGUCGCCGGAAGAUACAAGAUUCAGGCCCUCCCUAAUCUCAUGAAAGGGGACCCAUACCUGCAGCAAUGGAACGACAUUAUCAUGGCCAACGCCACCUACUAUAAGGACCAGCCCGCUGUUGUUCACGUUUUUGAUGGAGGCCCAUCUGGUAGCGGUAUCCUUGACCCAGCUCGUGAGGUCAAACAACGCGUCAAACAUUUUGCCUAUGCAUAUCUUAUGACCAAUGAUACCUCCUGGGUUGACCACACCUGGCGAGAACUCAAUAAUGCCAUCCACUGGGCUGAUGAUACUAGCCAGGCCGGCAAUGACCCAACAGAUCCUUGGAACUCGGCUCACUUCCUCGAUUGCGCAGAGUUGACCGCAACUUUUGCGAUCGCCUAUGAUUGGCUCUACGAUCAGUGGACUGAUGACCAAAGAAAUACGAUCCGUACCAGCAUCAUCAACUUUGGUUUGACCAGGGGUGCUGCAGGAUAUGCACAGAAUGCUUUCUGGACGGGCGUCAAUGGCAACUGGAAUUGCGUAUCCAACUCUGGUCUCGCAAUGGGAUGUAUCGCAAUUGCGGGUGAUGACACGUCGGGUACUUGCAACAGCCUGCUCCCCCAGGUCGUCAAUAAUGCCGCUGCCAACUGUGUUCGAGUGCCUACUCCCAAUGGCUCUGGUGCAGAGACUCCCAACUAUUGGUACUUUGCCAUGACCGGGUGGGCCGAGCUUACCAGCAGCCUCCAACUUGCGACCGGUGGUGACUUUGGCAUGCUCAAUAACAAUCCGAGCUUCAACCUGACGGGUUUGUACCACAUGUACGUGUGGGGAAUGACUAGCUUGUUUGACUAUGGAGAUCAUGGACCAAACAAGUUCUCCACUAGUGAUACCAGCUUGUUCUACAUGGGAACUGCCUACAAUCAACCCAUGUAUACUACUCUGGCAACGUGA